GACUCCCUGGAGCCCAUUCCAGAAAGCUACAUUUCAUGGCAUUGCUGGGAGAACAGGGGAGGACUGUUCAGAGCUGCUGUGUAUUUUUUCUUCACAUCUAUGAACUUGAAGAGACGGGGAAAGAGAAGGAAAAAAAUUCAACUUGGCAUGAAUGAUGGACUGAAUUGCAACUGCAGAAGCAACAACAAGUGAACCUUUAAAGAUGCACAUGGAGCUGCAUAAAGUGAAGAGAGGAACUGGAGAAACCAAUGAAGUUUAAUAGGGAAAACUUGCUUCCUGCAAACAACUGUAAAAGCUGCCCUUGGAAACUCUCUUUGACCCUCAUGGAGCAGCUGGAACUUGUACUGUGAGGCCCUUGACGGGACAAGCUGUCACCGAGCCAUCACCCAGAGUGGUUGUCGCCAUGGCCAGCAAGAGGAAAUCCACCACCCCGUGCAUGAUCCCCGUGAAGACUGUGGUGCUGCAGGAGGCCAGUGCAGAGGCCCAGCCUGCCCAAGCUCCACCUGAAGCACCCCUGCAGGAUCUGCCCCCAGAAGCACCUGCCACCAGCGGCGAGGCUACCCAGACCUCUAGCAGUACCGACUGUGCUGCUCUGGCCAAUGGGCAUCGGAGCACUUUGGAUGGCUAUUCGUAUUCCUGUAAAUACUGCGAUUUCAGAUCCCAGGACAUAACCCAGUUUGUGGGACACAUGAACUCCGAGCACACAGACUUUAAUAAAGACCCAGCCUUUGUAUGCACUGAGUGCAAUUUCCUGGCAAAAACUCCUGAGGGGCUUUCUCUGCACAAUGCCAAGAGCCACUCAGGGGAAGCAAGCUUUAUGUGGAAUGUGGCCAAGCCAGACAAUCAUGUCGUUGUGGAACAGAGUGUCCCUGAGAGUAUCAGCACUCCUGACCCACUGGGCGAGCCCAGCACUGACGGGACAGAUGGACAAGCUGAAAUCAUCAUCACCAAAACUCCAAUCAUGAAGAUAAUGAAAGGCAAAGCUGAAGCCAAAAAAAUUCAUACACUCAAGGAAAACACCCCCAGUCAGCCUGGUGGUGACGCCUUACCAAACCCACCAGCUGGGGAAACAGAGGCGAAAGAGGGGGACCACUCCUUUGUCAACGGGGCGGUUCCAGUCAGCCAGGCACCUACCAACUCCACCAAGCCUCCCCAUGUGGCCAACGGGCCCCUGCUGGGGACAGUGCCAGUUCUGCCGGCUGGUAUAGCACAGUUCCUGUCCCUCCAGCAGCAGCCCCCAGUGCAUGCCCAGCACCAUACCCACCAGCCACUGCCCACCUCCAAGUCCCUUCCCAAAGUGAUGAUCCCCCUGAGCAGCAUUCCGACGUACAAUGCAGCCAUGGACUCCAACAGCUUCCUGAAGAACUCUUUCCACAAGUUCCCCUACCCCACCAAAGCCGAGCUCUGCUAUUUGACCGUGGUCACCAAGUACCCAGAGGAGCAGCUCAAGAUCUGGUUUACAGCCCAGAGGCUGAAGCAGGGCAUCAGCUGGUCCCCUGAAGAGAUCGAGGAUGCCCGGAAAAAGAUGUUCAAUACAGUCAUUCAGUCUGUCCCUCAGCCCACAAUCACUGUUCUCAAUACUCCUCUGGUUGCCAAUGCUGGCAACGUCCAGCAUCUCAUCCAGGCUGCCCUUCCAGGUCAUGUCGUGGGACAGCCAGAGGGCACAGCAGGGGGACUUCUUGUCACUCAGCCACUGAUGGCCAAUGGGUUGCAGGCACCAAGCUCGUCUCUCCCUCUAGCAGUAACAUCCGUCCCCAAGCAGCCAACUGUUGCGCCCAUUAACACUGUGUGUUCAAAUACGACAUCAGCAGUGAAGGUGGUCAAUGCGGCCCAGUCUCUGCUCACAGCAUGCCCUAGCAUAACUUCCCAAGCCUUCCUCGAUGCCAGCAUCUACAAAAACAAGAAAUCUCACGAACAGCUGUCAGCUCUGAAAGGCAGCUUCUGUCGGAACCAGUUCCCGGGACAGAGUGAAGUUGAGCAUCUGACCAAAGUCACUGGCCUCAGUACCAGGGAGGUGAGGAAAUGGUUCAGUGACCGGAGGUACCACUGCCGGAACCUGAAGGGCUCCCGGGCCAUGAUGCCGGGGGAUCCCGGGUCCAUUGUCAUUGACUCUGUGCCAGAGGUGCCGUUCUCCCCAGCAUCCAAGGCUCCUGAGGUGACCUGCAUCCCGACGGCAGCUACCCUGGCCACCCACCCUUCUGCCAAACGACAGUCCUGGCACCAGACCCCUGACUUCACACCAACCAAAUACAAGGAGCGAGCUCCCGAGCAGCUCAGAGCCCUGGAGAGCAGUUUUGCACAAAACCCCCUUCCUCUCGAUGAGGAACUGGACCGCCUGAGGACUGAAACCAAAAUGACCCGAAGAGAGAUUGACAGCUGGUUUUCUGAGAGACGGAAAAAAGUGAACACUGAGGAGACCACCAAGGCCGACGGGAGUGCCUGUCAGGAGGAGGAGGAGGCCUCGGAAGACGAGGGUGGAGCAGAGGAGGCGGCUGGUGAACUGAGGGUCCCCGGGGAGAAUGGCUCCCCAGACGUGCCCAGCAGCCACACCUUGGCUGAACGCAAAGUCAGCCCCAUCAAAAUCAACCUCAAGAACCUGCGGGUCACUGAAGCCAACGGCAAGAGCGAGCUGCCCGGGCUGGGCACCUGUGAUCCUGAAGAUGACGGGUUAAACAAGCUGGCCCCACAGCCGCCUGGCAAGGUGAGCUGCAAAAAGACAGCACAGCAGCGGCACCUGCUGCGCCAGCUCUUUGUGCAGACGCAGUGGCCGAGCACCCAGGACUACGACUCCAUCAUGGCCCAGACAGGCCUGCCACGGCCGGAGGUGGUGCGCUGGUUCGGGGACAGCAGGUACGCCCUGAAGAACGGCCAGCUCAAGUGGUACGAAGACUACAAACGGGGCAACUUCCCACCAGGGCUGCUGGUCAUUGCCCCUGGCAACCGGGAGCUGCUGCAAGACUAUUAUGUGACACACAAGAUGCUGUAUGAGGAGGACCUGCAGAGCCUCUGCGACAAGACCCAGAUGAGCUCCCAGCAGGUCAAGCAGUGGUUUGCUGAGAAAAUGGGCGAGGAGACCCGGGCCGUGGCAGACACAUGCAGUGAUGACCAGGGCCAUGGCGACCCUGCAGCAGUGCACAAAGGGCUGAGUGAUACCUAUACAGAGGUGUCCGAAAACAGUGAGUCGUGGGAGCCCAGUGCCCCUGAGGCCAGCUCAGAGCCCUGUGACACACCGAGUCCCCAAGCUGGUCGUCAGCUGGAAACAGACUGAAUUUGAACGGAUUACUGUGAAGGACUGGCCAGUCUAGGAUGCUGCCUGCCACAUGGAAGGGCCCCACCCAACUCAGCUGCCACGUCUGUUCCCAUACCCGGCCUCUGGGCGCACCAGAGCUUCUGGACAGCCCAGAUCCUGCCGUCACCUUCGGCCAGCCACCACCGAGCAAGAAGGGAGAGCACAGUUCUCGUCAGUUCUUCCUCUCACAAUGUAGGACCUUUCCUUUGCCUUCCAGUGGAUAAAGUAGUUCAGAUUUCAUAUUCCUAGACACAGAAUCAAGUUUUUAACAUGUAAGUCCGCCUAUACACAUUUAAUGGAACAUUGGAUUAUGAACACUUUUAUUACAUAGAAACUUUGGUUAGCAAAGCAGCACAUGGUCUUUUACAUCAUCUCUGAAAAUGUCCUGUGUCUGCUCUCUGGACAUCGCUGGGGCCACACCUCCCAGGGCUGGGCAGGGGUUAUUCACACACUCAGACCACAUCCGGAGCCCCUGGGCCCCCUUUGCGUUCCUCAAGGAAGGCAGUAUGUUUGAAGAGCUCUCCGCUACAUUGAGUGAGACCAGCAAAAUCUCCUGCCCGGCUGCGUGCCUGGUGGGAUAGUUAGUGCAGAACCGCCGUGACCAUGUUUACGACAGGCUAUGUGAUUAGUGUUGGAUGCUUACCACUCUCUUAAGCUGUUGUAGUAAUUCUGCUUUUUUCAUGGAAGUUUGAAUCAUGGACCAUUACUUUUCAGUUAUCAGAUCAACUAAAGAAACAUUUGCUAUUAAGCCUAACAUACUAUGUGCCUGCAUUUAAAAAAAAAAAAAAAAUCUAGACAUGUUUAGAGUGAGAGGAAAAUUGAAAGCAGAACCAGGAGUGGGGACACCACUGUGGCCACAGCCUGUGCUCAGAGCCCCUCACCUUUCCCUGCACAGCCAUCUGUGGUCUGGGAGGGGAGACCCACACUGCCCAGUAGUGAGAGUGAGAACUGAUGGGAUUAUGAGAGCUAGGGUAGCCUUCAGCACCAAUACCUGCAUGUGGGUGUUCCUGGCAGAAUACCCAUAGCCUCCUGGCCCCCAUGCCAAGGGCCUGGCUGGAGUGCUAGGCACUUGCCCUUGCCCCAGGGGUGCUGGGCAUCACUGGACAGGUCCUUGUGAGGAUUUAUAGUUUUAAAGGUCUAUAUUUAUAUCUGCAAACUUGGAAACAAGAGCUCUGUCUACUUUACCCUAACCCUUGUACCCAUUUUUUUUUUUAAUUGAGAAAAAUCACAGGAAAAGGUGCCUUUGAAAUGUUGAGAAACUUGCUUACAAAGCUGUACUAAAUGGUAAGUCCCUGUUUCCCCAGGACUGGCCGUUUUGAGAGCAGCAGGUAAAGAGUGCGACAGGCAAAAGAAGGGUCACCUGCAGCACUGCUCACCUGGACACCACCUGCUUCCCAAAGCACUAGGCUGGCAGCAUGAGGAGACCCCAGAGAGAGGGCAAGGGCUUUGGGCAAGAAAUACGGGUGCUGGGUUAGGCACCCCCCUCCCCCGGGAACUGGACCCGCAGGGCUCUUCACUGGCUUGGCUCAGAGGAUGAAGAUGGUAGCGCCCCCCGCCUUCCCGGACAGGCUUGUUUCGCAAAUCAAACUCUUGUUCUUCAGGGUGUCUUCUCCUGCCCUCUCUGUCCCAAUAGGGACCACCUCUUAUGUGUUUCAAACAGGUGGCUUGUGAGUACUUGGCAAGCUUUGCAGCCUAUUUUUUUAAUAUCCUUUCCACUUUUGGAUGUGAAGCUAUUUAGCCCAAGGCCUCUUUGUGGAAUUCCCAAAAAUGAUGAGUUAUUGCUUCCUUCAGCAAACAGACAACUGGGGUUUUUCCUUUAGUGUUUAUGUAUAUGCAGAUUAAUUUAUGUAUACACAUAUACAGUACAAAUACUCAUUUGAUACUUUUCUCAUGAAAUGAACAUCAGACGUGCACACUUGAGGAACCUAGUGGCACAUGGGUGUUGGGGAAAGUAGCCUGUAUUGGAGGGAAUGCUGGUACAUGGGGCGCACUGGGUGGCCCAGCGUGAAGCCAUCUCCAAGUGUCUGAGACACACCCUGCUGCCGUCACCCCUGGAACCCUGCGCACACUGGCCAAAGGGAUGUGUCUUUAGAAAGGAUUUUCUUGGUUAUUUGUAUUCACGUUUCAUUUACAAUCCAGACAGCAAGACAGAAAGAACAAAGUACAUGGUGGACAAGUUCAUGCAGGACAUAGAGAGCAACCCAACCUCGGCACCAGUUCAUCUUUAAAAGGUGGAAAAGUUGGCAUGUUUUUGUCACAUUGUUAGCCCUGCCCACCAUCCAGGGCCACACGACGAGUGACAAGGCUGCCCAGGUAAAGAGCCCGGCGAGUGGACAGAGCCGUCACCUCCCUGUGCGCUUGGGCUGGAGUGAAAAAGCGGGGUGUGGGCCUCACACUUGGAAGAAUAGCAUGAUUGAAGGUGAGGGUCAGAGAGAGAGUUGGGUCAUCGAGCAGGUGCCUAAAGGGAUACUGCAGGUAUCCCGGGCUUCAGUGUGGGUGCAGAACCUUGAACACACCCAACCAGGCACAGAGAAAUAGCCACACUAGCCCAGAAAUGGGCUGUACCAGCAGUGCCAGGCACAUGUGACCUUGUCACCAGACAGAUCACCGAAGAGGCAGAUUCUGUGACAUUGCCUAUGUUAGAAGGCAGUCUGUGGGCUGCAGGGUUGAGAGGGCUGGGGUGGUGGGGUUAGUCUCUCGUGAGGAAAAACCUAUUUUGUAAGGUGAUUGAUCUUUUCCUGCUCCUCUGUAUGCACUUGGACCGUCAGGGGCAGUAUUUUGCUGCUGCUGUUGCCCAUGUCUUAUCCAUGUUUGGUUUAUUAUAUUUUUUACAUGAGGUUGUAAUACAGUUUUAAGGGGUGAAACCAGAUCAUUUGGAUACAGGGAAUCUGGAUUUAUGAUACAUAUACUUUGCAUAUAUCGAUCAGUUGUUUGACUCUUGAGGAGCUCUGGUUCGGGAGGAGGUCCCUGUGUCCAGGAGUUGCGGGUUUCUGAACUAGAAUGCCUGAGUGGGGUGGUGGCCAGCGCCUGGGCUUCAGCAGCCUCUGGGACUUAGGGCUCCUUUCUUGGUCGAGUGACCCACAGCUGUUGAGGUGGACCAAAGCGCUUCGACCUGAAGCCUCCGUACCCUGCUCUUAGGAAACAAAGGUGGAGAGCUUGGUAGAGUGUUGGAUGGUGCCUUUAGGCUCCCACAGGUACUAAUGGUCUUGGCCCAGCUGGCUGUGGGAGGCUGUCCCACCAGUUUCAGUGUCUUCCAGGCUGAGAUGUGGCUCGGUCAGUGGUGCAUCACCUACCUCUGACUCUGGGACAUCUGUGCCAGGCUGCCUUCCUUGCUGGUCUUUCUGGGUGGGGGCCUGUGUUUCUCUGCACAUCUACUCCCACGGCUUCCUGCUUGUGCUGCCCUCUUCGGGCCCUGUUGCCUCGUCUUCCUGUUCUCUUCUCAGACCAAAAUGGGGGAUUAGAGUAGCUUUUGUCAUUUCAGACACCACAGCCCAAGUGGAUGAAGGCACUUUGCAGGAGAGGAGAACCAGCCAAGAAGAAAAUCUUAACUAAAACCAAACCUGGAGUUUGGGCAUUUCUUCGUUUUUCCUUGCUCAGAGCUUACCUGGGGCAGGUUAUCAGUUUGACUCACCUUUUGUAUGAAGUUUAAAUUUUCAUGUAUCCCAUUGAUUUGCUAGGCUCAGUUGUGUGUUGGAGAAGAAAAGUCCUCUAGACGUGUAAGGUCUGCACAGCCAGCAGCCUGCCUGGGUCAGGAGGACAAGGGGGCUCAGCUCUCCUCACUCCAGACCGAGCCCCUCCCCCCCGCAGGGUCCCCUGAACUGGUUUCCUUCGCUGCCUUUCCCUAGGAGCACAGGCCCUCCCAGCCUUCCUGCCCAGCCCUUGGGGGCCAUCUCUGUGUGGCUUGGGAAGCACCUACCCUCAGCAAAGCUCUAACACCUGAGAAAGGGAGGGUGGCGCCCAAGCCUUCUACUGAAUAGUCCCCUCCUAGAGCUAGGCUUCAAUCUGAGGUUCCUGCCAUGCUGUUUCCUCUGGCUCAUUUAUGAUAGUUGAGCCAUGCGACACCAGGGCUGAGGAGGCUGUGGGCGACCUCUCAACAAAGUGGUGGGUUUGGAUUUGGGCUGGCAGGAUGCAGGUGGCUCUCAUGGGUGCAGCUUGGCUUUGCUCCCCAGCUCAGCUCUAAGUCCAGAGGGAACCGACAGGCUUCAGCUUGAAUUCAUUUCUGCUGGAUUCUGUGUGCUCCCAGUGCCAGGCAACACUGGGAGGGGGUGAGGCUAACCCCAGUUCCCAGUUCUCCGCUAGUUGACCCAGCAUCCACACCUAGCUGUGAGGAGCACAGACAGAGCAUUUCGCCCCAGCGAAUCUGCUGUUCUGUUCUUAUGUCCCGAGCUUACUUGUCAAGACUGGCCAUUCUGUGACCUGCCUGCAAACCUGGCCUCUCCUUUGAAUGGGGCACUACUCCUUCACCAGACUAGACACAUGACAGCCUGGAUCCCACAGGAGCCAGGUAUUCUACCUGCCCCCACAUCUGGAGCAGGGGUGGAGACCCAAAGUCUGGGAGGGACUAGGCAAGCCCUGGUUACCAUAUUGACAAGGACAGGGCAAGCACCUGCAGCCUUCAUUUUUAAAAUCAGAUCUUUUGGGUUGCAGGACUGUGAGGAUUCACAAAGGACAUACAGUCCUUCCCUUGUCACCAGCCCCAAGGCUCCCGCAGCCCUCAGAACCUGGUCCUUGCUACUGCGCAGGCCUGAGCUGGGCCCAGCGGAGGGAGGGGGCAGCGGAGCGCAGUGGGCAGGCAUCCAGUGGGGGCUGUGGUCAUCUUCUGGCUGCUUUGUGUGUCUCCUGCUGUCCACUAGGGGCGUGUGGCAAGCCACAGUUCCUGAGAGGAGUGUUUACCUGCCAUCAGUGCCUCUUCCUUCAGGAGACUGGCUCUGGUGUGCACAUGUGCACACAUGAGCACUUGAGUGUAUUAGUGAACAGCUUCUCUUCGCUAAUGCUUUCUAACUUCUGUUCCCGUCCAUGGUGAAUAGAGAGUUUAAAAGUACUCAGUGUGACUGAAACGGAAGUGAAAUGUCUAGGAUGACAAAAGCUGUUCACUGACCAUAAAAGGCCACAAGUGCUUGGUCUUUCCCAAGAGUCAAACUCCAGUGUGGACUCACUGUUAGGGUAAGAAUCUACCCACAUGGUGUGUGUUAGUCCUGCAAUUUGUGUUUAAAGAGAGAGAAUGUCACUUGCCCCCGACUUCUGCCCAUAUAGCUGUCUCAUUCUUGCAGUUUGCUUGAAAUGUGGUCCAGGCUGGGGCCACAGGUUGACCAGAGCUGGUGAGGGGAGAGCCAGUGCCUGCCCCUCCCCUCAGCAGGGAUCCAGCUUGGUAAUCAGGCUGCUCCAUGAAGUGGGGCCAGAGCCAGGGGAGAGGUGGUCACCCACCGUGUGGAGUUGUUCCACGGCACUUCUGAGCAACCGAUUUGUUCAUCUGUGUCAGGAGGGCCAGACCGUGCCGUAGUUAUUAAAAAAGAGAAACACACCAACCUUCCCCUCUGCCCGAGGCCAUUGUUCAUUGAAAGUUUACCAAGCGCUGUCUUUGUAGAAGCGGGGAGGUUGCCAAAGGCCUGCAGAUUCCUUCCCUAUGGUCCUGAUUCCUGGCUUUCUACCAGCCGGUGGAUUCUGGUCUCAGUGCAACGCCCUUUUUCCAGAGAGCGCACUGCUGAGAAGUGGAGGAGGGGAAUGAGACUGUUGAACAGUUUGCUUUUGGUGCGCAUCCUGUCUCCCAGAGAUGGCUGAAAAAGUGAUCAGCUUGGUGCUGAGGCAGCUGCCCUGUUUGUCCAGAGGCAAAUUAAAACGUUAUCAAACUGUGUAGGAGGCCCCCACCUCCCGCAGUGGCCCAGUGUGAGAGCAAACCGAGGGGCACGCUUUGUCCUUCAGGCCUGGGUGGAAUGGGGGUUCUACUGAGGGGAAAUGUUUUUAACAGGGGAUGGGACUUGCCUUUGGGCCGGCUGUGCCUGGGUGGGCGGAGGGGCUGCCUCUGGGCGUCUCCGGGCUCACAAGGUCCCCUGUGGGGAUGCUGCUAUUUCUAAGAUGCAAAUUGCACAUUUCCUAGAUUUUGUAUCUGUGGAUGUGGAUAAGGGAGGGCAACAGGGACAAACUGCUUGUACAAUUUGAAAUGGCCGAAGUGGUACUUCAGAUCUUUUGAUUGUUCCUAAAUAAAAUCGUAAAUGCA